UUUGUUUUUGGGUUUUUUUUUUCCUGUUGCAACUUCCCUAAAGGUAAGAGUUGGCCAUUUUCUGGUGGCAGUAACCAGACGCAACAGAAGCUGGUGGGCUUGUCUGUUCAUCAGUGUCUAGGCUCCCGUCACCGCUGGGAGGCAGCCUCCAUCACUUGGCUGGUGCCCUGCCUGUCUGAAGUUCUCAAGGAACCAAACCAACUCCCUCAGAGUCAUCAGAACCUGGAAGGCAGCCGGCUCAGAGUAGAUAUGGCGAUGGCACACUGCGGAGAUGCUACCCUGCCAAGCAGCUUGGUCAGCCUCAUCUUCCUGCAACUCCUGACUUCUGGGAACGGAAAAUCAGAUUUCCGCGUCCUUGGUCCUCCUGACCCACUUCUGGCCAUAGUCGGGCAAGACAAAGAGUUACCCUGCAAGCUGUCACUCAACAUCAGCGCUGAGGGCAUGGAGCUGAGGUGGUACAGGGACACGCCCUCGUCAGCUGUGCAUGUGUACAAGAACGGGGAGGAUGUGUAUGAUGAGCAGAUGACAGAAUACAAGGGAAGGACCUCGUUCAACAGCGACCACAUGGCCAGGGGAGAGGCCGCUGUGAAGAUACACAAUGUCUCCGUGUUUGAUAACGGGACUUAUCACUGUGUCUUCAAGGAACACACAUCCCACAGCCAGGCCACCCUGUGGCUGAAGGUGGCAGGACAGGGCUCAUCCCCCAGAAUCCGAGUGACUGACACCGGGGACAGAGGCAUCCGGGCCGAGUGCACCUCAGCAGGCUGGUACCCAGAGCCCAAGGUGGAGUGGCUGGACCUGAAAGGACAACCAGUGCCCGCGGAGACUCGCUUCUCUGUGUCGACCAGCACUGGCCUCGUGGGCCUGCUAUCCAUUGCGACUCCCCAGGACCGGGCUGUGGGGGGCCUGACUUGCUCAGUCUCCAAUCCCCUCCUCCCCGAGAAAGUGACUGAGACUUACCUGCUUGCCUCCCUGUCCAGAAGGCCUCUGUCCACGGAAAGCGGACCAGCUCUGCCUUUGAUCCUCACAGCACUAGGGCUGGUCUCAGCAGCAAUAGCCUGUGUCUUUGGGAAAUGUCACAAAGAAGAGCAUAAAACAAAUCAGGAAGAGGAGGCCCCAGGAGCCCGCGAAGAGGCCGGGCUCUUCCACGUGAGUCUGUCCCUGGACCCUGAAACCGCCAGUCCCAAACUCAUGGUGUCUGAAGAUCAGAAAAGCGUGAAGCGGCUGCUGUUUGACCAGGAUGUGUCCCCCAAUUCCAGGAGAUUUGACCCGGACCCCUGCAUCCUAGCUCAAGAGCGAUUUGAGGCAGGGAGACAUUACUGGGAAGUGGAGGUUGGGGACAGGAGGGCCUGGAUUCUGGGUGUGUGUCUGGAGAGUUUGGUACGGGAAGGAAGGAUCCCCAAGUCACCCCAGCAUGGCCUCUGGGCACUAGAGUUCUACAAGAAGAAACUCCAAGCCCUCUCCUACCCCAGGACUUGCCUGUCUCCUCCAGAGCCCCUGAGGAGAGUGGGCAUCUUCUUAGACUUCGAGGCAGGGGAAAUCUCCUUUUAUAAUUCAACCAAUGGCUCCUUGGUCUAUGUGUUUUCUGGGUUCCCCUUUUCUGGUCCUGUGCAGCCGUUCUUCUGUCUCUGGACCCAUGACCCCAGGCCCCUAACCAUCUGCUCAGUGGUCAGAGAGACCAAAGAAGACACAGAAUCUUCUGGAGGUCCUGACCUCCCUGGAGACUCCUGAGAUGUCCGUAAGAGAGAAAAGCUCCUGCCUUCUUGCGUCUCCUAGCUCCUGGCACUGUUUAUCCCAUUCCUAUAUAAAAAUAUGACAGCAGGGGCUGGAUAUGCUCCCCCUGCCAAGUUUCUGUGCCGAAUGCUAACACCACCCACCGGGGUCAGGGGUUUCUGAAGGUAUUGUAAUUUGGAGAUGAGACAUUGAAAAAUAAUGUGGUUAAGGGGAGUCAUUGAUGUACCUUAACCUCAUAGAUUUGGUAUUCUUAUAAGAGGGGGGACUGGGACUCAGAGAGGCAGGUGGCUCUCCUCUGAUCUGCACUUUUUUUUAAACCUAGCAAAUUUGUUACAUAGAAGCAUCACACUGAUAAAGAAGGGGAAAAGUUAAAGCUUUAUUACCCCAAGGCUGAAAACUGAAACAUGCAGGUGAUGCAGCCAGGGGUCUUUCAUUAGGUCUCAUCUCUCCCAUUUCUUUCUUUAUAAACGCCAGCCUCUCUCCAAAGCCCCGCUCAGGGGCCACCUGUGCUUGUGACAUUUCCUUGCUAAUCCGUUGACUAAACAUAACUGCUCUUGACUGUGAGCCCAAAACACUAGGUGACCUUUGUCUGUGUCUGAGGACCUUGUCUCUCUCAAACAUGUAGAGAUUACUAUAGUUCUUACAAACAAUGAUCUCCUCAUUCUGAGGAGACAUUCCAGUGCAAAAGGGGAUGCCCACCACUCGGUCAGGGCCUUUCAACCCCAACCCACUAUGGAGUAGGUUGACUGUCUCCCCCCACCCCCACCCCGACUGGGGGUCAGGACCUCUUGCACCUGUGGCCAGGAUCCUUUGGAGAGAAAGGUCCUUGCAGAUGCGAUCAAGUUACAAACCUCUGGGUGGAGCCAGCCUGUGUUACUGUGGGCUCGGAGUUGGCCUGUAAGAAAAACAGAGAAGAGCUGGCCAUCUGACGCAGGGGCAGCAUUUGCAGUGACGUGCUACCAGCUAAGGGGGACUAGACUCCACCAGGCACUGGAAGGGAGGCCUAGCGCAAGGAUUUUUUCUUUUUUGGGUUGUUUUAAGAUUUAUAUAUUUUAUGUAUGUGGGUGUUCUGUCUGCCUGCAUGUCUGUAGUCUAGGAGGUGGCACAUGCCUUUAAUCUCGAAAAGGCAGGCAGAUUUCAGAGUUCAACGCCACCUUCAUCUACAGAGUGAGUUCCAGGACAGGCAGGGCUACACAGGGGAACCAAACAAAAAGCAAAACUUUGCGUCUGUCUGCCUGUUGACUCAUGUGUGUUUGUGUACACGUAUGCACAUGUGUGUGUGCCUGUGGAGGCCAGAACUGGACACUGAUUCCCUGAAGCUGCAGUUAAGGUAUCUGUGAGCUGCCCACCGUGGCUGCUGGAAUCAGCACUCCUGUUCUGACGAUGGAGCAGCAGGUGCUCCUAACUGCAAGACCAUCUCUCCAGCUCUAGGUCCUCCUGUUUGAAGGGUACAGCACGGGGAACGCUGGUCAGCGUGUACAGUCACAGGGCAGCACCAUCAAGAGUUCAAUCUUUCUCUGUAAAAGUUCCCUUUGACUUGUUGGAACCUGAUCCCCAUCUAGGGUUCCAUAGAGCUUGUGUUUGAUUUGUCCCCUUCUCCUUGUUGGACUUAAUUUGAAGUCAGUCCUUUUAAAUUGUGGAGUGUUACUGAUACCCCAAAGUUGAGAACUUUCAUUUUCUCUUGUUCUAUGUGAUACAUCUCUGCAAUGAUCCUUUUUUUUAUCUGUUCUGGAAUUUAAAAUAAACCUUUUUUAACGUCUA